CUGCCCGCGGAUAAGCGGAGUAGGAGGUGACGCUACCAUCUACAUCAGCUCUGAGGAAGUUUGCAGCCGCAAACAAAACCAUCAGCAAGGUAAAGAAAAACCUUAUCUGUGUUUAAAAAAGAACCAAAAAUGGAAUUGGAGUCCAGACCCUCUCAAGCAAACUGGUUCCAGAGCCAGAGCCAUGCUUUGAGGUGAGUCCGACUAUAUGUAGAACCUCUCAACUUCACACACCAACUCAGGCUUCUGCCCCACCAGAGGCGACAUUCCACGUGCCAAGAGCCAGCUUCUGUAGCCGAGGAUCAGACCACCAAAGUCCCCGCCCUCGACUACCUCCCCUCACACACUGCACCUGACCCCUUUGGCCCCUCCCACGAGUGGUGAGCCCUCUUUGGGCUAUGCCCGUCUGGGCUCCAUGGGAAAAAGCCCAGCUACCAGGCGCUCGACAACAUGCCCUGGCCCCAGAGGGGUCCCUGGUGACCCGCGUCUGGGCGAGGGAACACUGCUUCUGUUUUUCUUCAUAAGAGGUCUUUGGGCUGCUCUUUGUCUGAUCCCUCACCUAGGGCCUGUUUGCCAUGGGUGACCCUACCAGAGGUAUAAAGCCUCAGACAACUUAGCUCCUAGGAUCAUUGGGACACUCAAACCCCUCCACCACGUAGGGUAACAGGGAGCUGGUGUCAUCAGCAGUCAUUGGCAAGAGGCAGGAAGACAAACUGGACAGAUUGCCAGUCCAUCAUUGGGACACAGAGAGACAACCAGUCACGUGCCCACUCACACCUGGGGACAAUUACGAGUCUCUGGUUAAUUUAACAUCCAUGUUUCUGGUCUGAGCAGAAUUCCACGCAUGCAGAGGACACGAAAACUCCACAUGGAAGGCAGCACAGGCGGGAUUCGAACCGACAUCCAUCUUGCUGCGAGACAUCAGUGCUAUCAACUGCACUGCACAUUAUUUUAUCUUAUUACUCAGGGUUGGCGUGUUUAAGGCAAUCCUGUUUGUGUUUAAGGCGUUAAACUCAGGGGCACCUAAAUACCUUUCUGACAUCAUCCACCGACGUGUCCCGGUGCGUUUGUGGCAAGGUGGAGAAACGAGGGCCCGGGCGGGAUUCGAUCCCCAGACUCCCGGGUGAGAGUCAUGCACGCUCUAACCAGUCAGCUUAAGGGACAUCCCCGUGGCCAAGUAGCCAAGGCGCAUGAUCAAUCGGGACAUUGUGACAGGACGCUCACACUGUCACACGUUCCCUUAGGUCAGCUGACCAGAGACUAUUAACUGUGCCCAGGUACAGCCUGAAGUCUCGUGGGAGUCGUGCCUUUUCAGUGCUCGGACCAAGUCUUUGGAAUGAGCUGCAAGCCGACGUAAAGCAGGCCAAAUCACUGGAAACCUUUAAAAGCCGACUAAAAACACAUCUGUUCUCGUUGGCGUUUGGACAUUGAAGUUGGGAUUGCGUGGGCAGCAUCACUUUGAAUGUGUCUGGAUCUGAUUCUGGAAAAAGGACUGAUAUGGAUUGCGAACUUGUACUCGGGAAUUCUUAUUGCAUUUUAAAUGGUUAUAUGUCUGUUUUAUUGUUGUGAUUUUUAUUGGUGUACAGCGCUUUGUUUGUCCGUUUGGGGCAUGUGAAAGCGCUUUAUAAAUAACGUUGAUUUGAUUUAUUUUAGUUUAUCAGUGUAUUUUCAUGUGAUGUCCAAAAUGUGAAUUAAAGGACAACAGGGAGCUCAUUUUAAAUCAACGUCAGCCCGAUGUGAUGGCUUAGUCUCAGCUCCAGGAUUAUUAGUUUUAUUUUGAGCCAUUUAAAAAUAUAUCAUAAAGCUACAAGUACAACAAACUACCGAGCAGAUCAGUUUAUGAAAUGCAAACACCUUCGUUUCACCACUAAUAAUGGUAUUUUCUAUUUAACUGUAUUGUAUUCUAACGUAUAAAUGCUAUUCUGUAAUUUACAUUUGCAACUGAAAAUCGCCCCGACAGCUAAGUACCAUGGGUUCAACCUUGGGUCAACAUGUUACCUGAACAGCGCCCUGCAGGUUCUGUUCACGACCAAAGAGUUCAGAGAUAAUGUGAUCAGAACAAAGGUGGAGAAUCCUGGUGCAGAUUUUAUCGAUCGCCAUCUUAAACAUCUGUUCACUGAGUUACAGAAUCGGAAAACUAAGACACGCAGAAUAUUAAAGGCUCUGAGCAUUAAUAGCGUCAAUGAACUCCAGGAUGCUGCAGAGUACUUUGAGAAGAUUUUAAGUAAAACCAGUCCUGAUGCAGCAAAGGAUUGUGUUUGUUUAUCUCUGCAGAUCUUCCAUGGUCAGAUGACACACAGAACCACUUGUUCUGAAUGUGGCACACAGAACGACACAGAUGGACCUUUCUGGCAUCUUCCUCUUGAGCUGGUAGAUUCCUCCAGUGGGAACUACAGCGUGCCGCACAAGGGAGAGACGCACAUUGACAGAGACGUUUUGCUCUCGGACUUCUCCGUCAGCUGGGGAGUGUUUGAAGACAAUUCCCCGCCAGGACAACAGAGGGCGUAGCACUUUUCCGUGGUAUCCUGUCACCAUUACAGUCACGUAUUCAGUCCACGAUGGUGUAUCUAUACUGUGUUUACAUUGUUUUAAUGUAUGGUUUUGUUUUUAUGAGUCUUUUUACCGCUGACAAUUUUGUCCUUGAUUCCUCUCCACCUCUUUACGCAACACAUUCUCACUCCCAGCACGUCCAAAACAAACGCUUGGUCAGCCACCAUCCGCCUCAGACCCUUGACGCCAAAAGUGCCCUUUUUCGUUACUUAUGUGCGAAAAGGGUUUUUUCCCUUUUCUGACUGCAGAUCCCAAUGCAGCGUAAAACUGACUCAAUGGGAUGUCCGCUGAUGCGGCACCGAACCAGCUCAUUUAAUCGCACCUAAACCUUAAUGUUUCACUAUUUAUAACCUUCCCCUCACCCUCACCCUAACCUUAACCCUCUUGCUACCUAAAACGUUACUCUCACUGCAUUCUGACUGUGAAUUUUCGUAUUUGCUGCCCAAGGGGAACAUUAGAACAUACCUUCUGGCGAGGGGGAGGUUACAAAUACCCUCUACUGUUAACCACCACCGUGGUAGUUGAAACCUCCCCCUUGCGUUGCCUCGGUCCAAACCCGACCAAUGACGAGGCGGCUCCCGCCGUUCACUUCAUAGAGCCGGCUUUUAGAGCGACCGACACAUCACUAACGUGUUCGCUAGCAAGAUGGUUAUGUUUAGGAUAGGGGUGAGGGGAAGGUUAAAAAAGAGGAUAAGGUUAGGUUGAGGUACAAUGAGCUUGUUUGGUGCCCUGGCUGCAGACAUCCCAUCGCGUCAGUGUAACGCUGCAUUGGGAUCUGCAGUCAGAAAAGGGAAAAACCCUUUUUGCACAUAAGUGACUAAAAAGGGCACUUUUGGUGUCAGGGGUCUGACGAGGAGGGUGGCUGACCAAGCAUUUGGUUAUGACGCGCUGGGAGGGAGAACGUGUUGUUUUAUGUGAUCAGGACCUCUAAAGUCACGUUUCUCAUUUUUUCCGUCCACGAAAAAAACACUUGCUGCAUGUCUUUUUACUCCUUCAGUCACGGGUGAGUAAAAGUUCAUAUUUUCAGACUGUUCCGUGUCUGCUGCUAAACAUGUCUUUACCUUUUGAAGCAGCAAAGACGGUGCUGUUGAUGAAUUUACAGGAAGCAGUGUCCUGACCAAUUACAAGCUUGCUCUUUCAACGGAUAGUUAAAAAUUGGGGCGUGUCAACCAUGCUUCAAUGGAAUUAGUUAAAAAAUAAACUCAUGGAACAGGCCUGGACAAAAAUGAUGGUAUCCCUAACUAAUAUUUUGUUGCACAACCUUUUGAGGCAAUCAUUGCAGUUAAAUGAUUCCUGUCACUGUCAAUGAGACUUCUGCACCUCUCAGCAGGUAUUUUGGCCCACUCCUCAUUAGCAAGCUGCUCCAGUUGUCUCAGGUUUGAAGGAGGCCUUUUCCAGACAGCAUGUUUCAGCUUCUUCUAGAGAUGCUCACUAGGAUUGAGGCCAGGGUUCAUAUGAGGCCACUUAAGAUUAGUUCAAUGUUUGCCUGCUAGCCAUCCUUGGGUGUCUUAGCUGUGUGUUUUGGGUCAUUGUCCUGUUGCAAGACCAUGACUUGUUACUGAGACCAAGCUUUCUGACACUAGCCGGCACAUUUCUCUCUAGAAUCCCUUGGUAGACUUGAGAUUUCAUUGUACCAUGCACAGAUUCAAGACACCCUGUGAUGCAGCAGCCCCAGAACAUAACACAGCCUCCAUGUUUCAUGGUAGGGACAGUGUUCUUUUCUUGAUAUGCUUCAUUUCUCCAUUCUUGUCUCAUCUGUCCACAGGACAUUCUCGCAGAAGCUUUGUGGCUUGUCAACAUGUAGUUUGGCAUAUUCCAGUCUGUAUUUUUCAUGAUUUGUUUUCAACAAUGGUGUCCUUCUUGGUUGCCUCCCAUGUAGUCCACUUUGGCUCAAACAAUGACGGAUGGUGAGAUCUGACACUGGUGUUCCUUGAGCUUGAAGUUCACUUUGGACGUCUUUAGAAGUUUUCCUGGGCUCCUUUGUUAUAAUUCGGAUUAUCCGUCUCUUUGAUUUGUCAUCAGUUUUCCUCAUGUGCCCACGUCCAGAGAGGUUAGCUACAGUCCCAUGGAUCUUAAAUUUCUGAAUAACAAGUGCAACCAAGUCACAGGAACAUCUAGCUGCUUGGAGAUGGUCUCAUAGACUUUACCUUUAAUGCUUGUCUAUAAUUUUCUUUCUAAUCUCCUGAGACAACUCUUUCCUUCACUGCUUUUGGUCCAUGCGGAGUGUAGUAAACACCAUGUCACUAAACAACAUAGUGAUGACCUGGAGCCCCAUAGAUAGGCCCUCUGACUGUCUACAUGAUUGUAGACACCUGUGAUGUUCGUUAGUGACACACCUUGAAUUAACAUGGUCACAUUAUUUUCUAGGGGUACCAUCAUUUUCGUCCAGGCCUGUUCCAUGAGUAUAUUUUUUUAAUAAUUCAGCUGAAGCAUGGUUCAAAGUCAAGGUCUGACUGUCAUUAAAUAGAAUUUUUAUUUAUUAUUACUUUUGCCAGAUUCAAGUUAUUUCUGUGACCACAGUGUGUUUUUCUUUCAUUGACAGAAGGGUACCAACAUUUUUGUCCACAUCUGUAGGUAUAACAACAUUUCAACAUCUGGGGAUAUUAGU